AACUGUUUAUUUCAAAACUAAGUUUGUUUAUUGUGCAAGGCAUAAACACACAACCGAAGUCUACAGUUAAUUGUUACAGUACAUGAUGUACAUUGUUUUCUGAUUUUAAGUAAGCAACUUGUCUGAAAAUAUCAAAUGGGAAGUUCAUGUUGCUUACUGGUGGAAGUCUUUUUAUAAUCUUGUCUUUUUUACUUUUUAUAGGUCUAUAUCAUGACCUGAAAUUCUCUUAGUGAAACAAGAUGACUUUCUCCCUCAUCCUCCUAUCUCCUUCCAAGCAAAACAGUAGUUAUGGUGUCAUCAGAUUUGAGGGAGGUCAGAGGAGUGAACUGCCUGCUUGUCCUCUGUUUGGGGAAACACUUUGGCUCCACUUGCUGCUUAAGAGCAAGUGCUGAGCAGCAGGUGUGAGCAGGAGCACAUGCUGCUGUGGGGAGAAGUUGCCAAAGUUUCCUGCACAGGAACAAAAGGGGUCUGCUUUCUUAGCAUGUUUCUUGGUGCUCUCUUUUGCACUCACAUCAGAAAACAUUCCAACACCUGGAUUUGGUGCUUCCCAGGGAGUGGGGAGUCCAGGAAGCAUAUGCCAGCUCACCCUGCUACUUGGUCUGUACUUUCCUAUGGUUGUUGCUAUGGGGAGAAGAAGAGCAAAGCUUAGUACUUAACAGCUUUUUCUCAAUAUCUCAUUCAGCCUUGGAAUUAGGAAUCUUCCUUCCAGAGUGUGCAUUCUGAUGGCAUUGCUUAAAUAAUGGCCAAAAUCAGCUGAGGUGACGAUGAUUGCUGGAUUCCCCCCGAGACACUUCCUUUGCCCCAUUCAGUAGGGCUCUUUGGCAGAUGAGCUCGUUGCAGCCUCCUCUAAACCCCGCAUGGAAAGACAAGGAUGGGAUGGAGUAGGAAAAAUCAAAGUUGGGUAUUUAAUCUUUCUGCUUUCAAAUGAAAACCUACAAAUGGAGCUUGUUAUCUUGAAGAUGACUUUUUGAUAAAUAAUUGAAUCAGAGCUCACAUGUAAAAAUCUGAUUAAACUAGAUAUAAAUAUUUUGAAAGGCUUUUACAACCAGAACUUUCAUACCCAUAAACAUUUAAAUUCUCAACUAAAAAUCAUCACUGUUCAUUUUUUUAAGAAAGAACUCAGUUCUUUUGCUUGAACUUACAAUCUCUAUUCUUUUUUCACAGGAGACAGGAUUCUGGUUAUGAUAGGUUAUGAUAAAGCUCUUGCUGCACGAACCAGAAGUGGUGUCAUAGCAGUGGUUUUACAUUCUUUACACAGAAGAACUAUAUUUGCUCUGCCUAGAACAUUUGCUUAAAACAAAUGAUCCCAGGUAAAGCAGAACGCCUGGUAGUUGCAACUUGUAUUGUCCCCAGUGUUUGCUAGCUGGAUUAAAAAGAGCAUGGUGGAUAUGGCUCUCUAAUUGUUUUUUAAUCAUCGAAAGCUAGCAAAAUUGUGCCACCUGCACAGGAGAAAUGCCCUAUUCCAUAACCCAAACAGAUCUAGUAGCCAGGCAGCCAAUUGGCAAGAAAGCUCAGACUUUGCUGUUCUGCUACAAAAGCUCAUUUCCCAGCUCACUGAAUGGAUGUUGGAUGUUGUACAAAACCUGGAUGAUGCUGAUGGUGUAAUUGCUGCCUCUUUUCAGGUUACCUAUAAGAAGCAAUUGAACUGCAAUAUAGAUUAAAGCAGGGAAAUAAUAAAAAACUAUGGAAUAUACAAACUACAAACUACUAAACAAUGUGUAAAUAAAGUUGAUGGAAGGGAAAGAUGCAGAAAGCCACAAACCUUGGUAUUAGUUGGAGUAAUAGGAAUGGGACAGAAACUGCAGAGAAACAGGCACCCAAAGGAAACGUGAAAGAAACAGUGAGAGCCCAAGGCACUCUUCCCAUCCUGAGCCGGGACAACUUGUGAAAGGCUGAAUGCUGGCUGGAGAGCCACUUGAAAAUGAGUUAUGAAAUAGUGUCCUAAUUCCCUACUUUUGUUUUACAGCAUCAAAUGGGUUUGGGCUGCACAUUUCAAGAAGCGCUUGUUUUCUGGCAUUGCUAAUGUGGGAACAAAGAAAUGACAAGGAUUGUGUGGAGGUCUUUAACUGAGGCAUUAGCUGGUGCCAUCAAGGAGAUCUGCUUUUUGACAUGAGGAGAAGAGUGCUGCUGCUCCAAGUUAAGGACAUCACGUGAGCAAAGAUGGAAUUUGACAUCUGAAGGUUAUUUGCUGUUAUUUCCAGCAGUGAGGUGUCCGUGCAGCGCAACGAGGGGCUGGGGGCGGCCGCGGAGGAGCGAGGCGGGCGGCGGCGGGCAGCCAGGCUCUGGGCCGCGGCGGAGCAGGAACGGCGGCUGGAGGAGGCCCUGCUGCAGGCAGAAGAGAACAAAAGACAGCGUGAGCUGCAGCUGGAGCGGGAAGAGAAGCUGGCGGCCGAGCUGGCCAGACUGAAACACGAGAAACUUAAAGAUGAGAAGAUGAGGCAACAAGUAAGAGAGAACAGUCUUGAACUUCGCGAGUUAGAAAAAAAGCUAAAAUCCGCUUAUAUGAAUAAAGAGCGAGCUGCACAGAUAGCUGAAAAAGAAGCUAUACAGUGUGAGAAAAUGAAACGUGAAGCUGAAAUAGCCCAAAAGAUGAAGGAAGAGCGUGAAAGGGUAAUAAAAGAAGAAAGUUCUGCAGAACUGAGGCGAAACAAGGAGAAAAUAAUGUACCAGCAAGAGCUGGAGAAGCAGCUUGAGGAACAAGAGAGGAAGAAGCAGGAUGCUUAUGAGGAGUUCCUAAAAGAGAAACUCAUGAUUGAUGAAAUUGUAAGAAAGAUCUAUGAGGAAGACGAAAUGGAAAAACAGCUGAAGUUAGACAAAAUGAAAGCAACUCAGACAUAUAUUGAAGAAUUUAAAAAAGAGCAAGCUAUCUGGAGGAGAAAGAAACAGGAAGAGAUGGAAGAAGAAAAUAGGAAAAUUAUGGAGUUUGCCAGCAUUCAGCGACAAAGAGAAGAAGAUCGGAUGGCUAAAGUUCGAGAUGCUGAGGAGAAAAAACAAAGACUUCAAAGCAUGAUUGCCCAAAAUCUGGAAAGAGAGCAACAGAAGCGAGAAGAUAUGGAACAAGUACGACAGGAGCUGUAUCUGGAAGAGCAAGCAGAGGCUGAAAGGAAGAAGGAGAUGGCAGAAAUUGAAAAGAGAAUAAAGCAACGCCUGGACUUACGGCAAGCAUUUGAAGAGCAGCUUGCUUUUAAGAAGAUUGCGCGACAAGCUAUGCAAGAGGAGGAAGACACUUUCAGAAAACAGAUGUUGGCCAAGUUUGCAGAGGAUGAUCGCAUUGAACAGAUGAAUGCUCAGAAACGAAGGAUGAAACAGCUUGAACACAGAAGGGCUGUGGAAAAACUGCUUGAAGACCGUCGCAAACAGUUUAUUGCAGAUAAAGAGCGUGAACUUGAAGAAAGACAGUUAGAGGAGAGAAGACAAGAAAGCAUCCGUGCAAUUGUUGAGGAAGAGAGACAGAAACUCCUGAAAGAGCAUGCGUCUAAAUUAUUGGGUUAUCUUCCUCGAGGAAUAAUCAAAGAUGAAGAAGACAUUAACAUGCUUGGAGAGGAAUUCAAGUUGGCUUACCAGAAGAGGUAAUGAAUUUGCAGGAGAGAGCUCACACUUUCCCAUCUCAGCUCCUGCUUUGCCACUAGGGGUCACCUGAUUUCCAAUGAAAAGCUCCAUUUGCUGUUACCAGUGAGAAACUCCUUUUUCCUGUCAUAAAAGGUCUCCAUUUUAAGACUGAGUUCUAAACUGAUGGGCAGCCUGUUUUAUGUAAGUGUAUGUUGCACUUGCAACAGUAAACUGCUAUAAACAAUAAACUGCUAUGGAUUUCUCUGUUA